CGCCAUGUACCGCUGUCUGGGCGAAGCGUUGCUGCUGUCGCGGGCCGGGCCCGCGGCGGCGCUGGGCUCGGCGGCCGCCGACUCGGCCUCGCUGUUAGGCUGGGCCCGCGGGCAGCCGUGCGCCCCGCAGCCGGGGCUCGCGCCGGCGGCCCGGCGCCACUACAGCGAGGCGGCGGCCGACCGCGAGGACGACCCCAACUUCUUCAAGAUGGUGGAGGGCUUCUUCGACCGCGGCGCCAGCAUCGUGGAGGACAAGCUGGUGGAGGACCUGCGCACCCGCGAGAGCGAGGAGCAGAAGCGGAACCGGGUGCGGGGCAUCCUGCGGAUCAUCAAGCCCUGCAACCAUGUGCUGAGCCUCUCGUUUCCCAUCCGGCGCGACGACGGCUCCUGGGAGGUCAUCGAGGGCUACCGGGCCCAGCACAGCCAGCACCGCACGCCCUGCAAGGGAGGUAUCCGAUACAGCAUGGAUGUGAGUGUGGAUGAAGUAAAGGCGUUGGCUUCUCUGAUGACAUACAAGUGUGCAGUGGUGGAUGUGCCGUUUGGGGGUGCAAAAGCUGGUGUUAAGAUCAAUCCCAAGAACUACACAGAUAAUGAGUUGGAAAAGAUCACCAGGAGGUUCACCAUGGAGCUGGCCAAGAAGGGCUUUAUUGGUCCUGGCAUUGAUGUGCCUGCCCCGGACAUGAGCACAGGCGAGCGGGAGAUGUCCUGGAUUGCCGACACCUAUGCCAGCACCAUAGGGCACUAUGACAUCAAUGCACAUGCAUGUGUUACUGGCAAGCCCAUCAGUCAAGGAGGCAUCCACGGACGCAUCUCUGCCACGGGCCGUGGGCUUUUCCAUGGAAUUGAAAACUUCAUCAAUGAAGCAUCUUACAUGAGCAUUUUAGGAAUGACACCAGGGUUUGGAGAUAAAACAUUCGUUGUUCAGGGAUUUGGUAACGUGGGCCUGCACUCUAUGAGAUAUUUACAUCGUUUUGGUGCUAAAUGUGUUGGUGUUGGUGAAUCUGAUGGGAGUAUAUGGAAUCCAGAUGGUAUUGACCCAAAGGAACUGGAAGACUUCAAACUGCAACAUGGAUCGAUUCUGGGCUUCCCCAAGGCAAAGGUGUAUGAAGGAAGCAUCUUGGAGGCCGAUUGUGACAUACUGAUCCCUGCUGCCAGCGAGAAGCAGUUGACCAAGUCCAACGCACCCAGGGUCAAAGCCAAGAUCAUUGCUGAAGGUGCCAACGGACCAACAACGCCCGAAGCUGAUAAGAUUUUCCUGGAGAGGAACAUCAUGGUUAUUCCAGAUCUCUACUUAAAUGCUGGAGGAGUGACAGUGUCUUACUUUGAGUGGCUGAAGAACCUGAAUCAUGUCAGCUAUGGCCGUCUGACCUUCAAAUAUGAAAGAGACUCCAACUACCACUUGCUCAUGUCUGUUCAAGAGAGUUUAGAAAGAAAAUUUGGGAAGCACGGUGGAACUAUUCCUAUUGUUCCCACAGCAGAGUUCCAGGACAGGAUAUCGGGUGCAUCUGAGAAAGACAUCGUGCACUCUGGCUUAGCCUACACGAUGGAGCGUUCUGCCAGGCAAAUCAUGCGCACAGCUAUGAAGUAUAACUUGGGCUUGGACCUCAGAACAGCUGCCUACGUGAACGCCAUCGAGAAAGUCUUCAAAGUGUACAACGAGGCCGGCGUGACCUUCACAUAGACGGGGCACGGCCAGCUUCCCCACCACCCUCUUCACCUGUAACUUCACAGCCCUAUCACAAGUUUACAUGUAACACGGAAAUCCUGUUCUCUCAUGACCCAUUAGGUAAUGGACACCAUUCUCCAGUCAAUCCAAAUCAGCCCCUUUAAGAAGAAGGAAAGUGAGGUUAGGGGAUCGUGUACAAGCUGACAAGUGGGGAAGCAGAAAUCACCUGUGCCAGACAGUGGCUUAGGUAUUUCUGUGUUCCGUGGGCCGCCUUACUCUGGUGGCUGUCGCCAGGGAAGGUGACAUACUCAAGAGCGAUCCAUUGUUGCUUCUUUUGCGCUGGGCAGAUCUGGAUGGGCUGUCACUUGGACACAUUAGAAAUAGGUAUGUGGCAUUCUCAGAAGGUGUCAUGGUCCUGGAUGAGUUAUUGGUAUUUUACGUCAGAAUAACUCAAUUUUACAAGUUGCAAACAAAAAUAAAAGCUGUUUCUCUUUAUGCAUUUUAUUCUUUUAGAAUAAAAUAAGUACAUGCUGCUGUAAUAAAAUUGCCUUUAAUCACUUAACAAGCCUAACUUCAACUCAAGCAGUGUAUACCUAUAAACAUGACAAAUGACAAAGCUAGUAUUUUUAUAACAUAAGACAGUAUCAUUUAUAGCGUAUCAGUCCCGUUGUUGUCCAGCCAAGCAGAAGGCCCAGUGGGGAACGCUCCUCACCCCUGCACAGGUUGGAGGCCAUUUUUGUUAAAACUGUUGGGAUUUACUCCCUGUAAUUAUGACACAGAGUCCAAAGAAUGCAGUAACGGCCCCAUCCUGCGAAUUGUUUCUCCCUUUGAAGCUUGAUGGUGUUGACCAUUGGACAAUAAUUCGAGUAGAGUGUCCCAGAAAAACCACUUAGGCCCCUUGUUUGGAGUCUGGCUGGCCCCGUACAGCACCAGGGGCCUGCUCAGCCUGCCUCCGCCCGCCCUGUGCACCCAGCUUCCCUGGCGGUGGGCUGCACACAGCCAGGGCCUUCUGAACAGUAGUGUCCCAAUGAAGUGCUAGAUACUAUUUAUGUAAGAAUGAGCGCUUUUUUUUUUUUUUUUAAACAAUAUAAUACCCUUUCAGAAAUUUCUAACUACUUUGUAACUGCAUGAGUUAACCUGUGAUAAAAAGCAGUUAUUAAAAGUCUACCUUUUCCAAA